GCGCAGACUCCGGAGCGAUGGGGCGUGGCUACGUCAGCGUCUGCUGUACCUGGCUUGUGGAUCGGGGGACCAAGCCGGUCGUAUGGUGUUCCCCGCCAAGAGGCUGUGCGUGGUGCCACCCAUGGAGGGCGUUCGUUGGGCAUUCUCCUGCGGUACCUGGCUGCCAAGUCGAGCCGAAUGGCUUCUGGCGAUGCGAUCUAUCCAGCCGGAGGAGAAGGAGCGCAUCGGCCAGUUCGUGUUUGCCCGCGAUGCCAAGGCGGCCUUGGCUGGUCGUUUGAUGAUAAGGAAGUUAGUUGCAGAGAAAUUGAAUAUCCCUUGGGAUCAUAUCCGUCUGCAGAGAACUUCAAAGGGAAAGCCGGUUCUUGCGAAAGACUCGUUGAAUCCAUAUCCCAAUUUCAACUUUAACAUCUCUCACCAAGGGGACUAUGCAGUUCUUGCUGCAGAACCUGAGGUACAAGUUGGCAUUGAUAUCAUGAAGACUAGUUUUCCAGGUCGUGGUUCAAUUCCAGAAUUCUUUCAUAUCAUGAAAAGAAAGUUUACCAAAAAGGAGUGGGAAACAAUCAGAAGUUUUAAUGAUGAAUGGACUCAGCUGGAUAUGUUUUACCGGCACUGGGCACUGAAAGAAAGCUUCAUAAAAGCCAUUGGUGUUGGAUUGGGAUUUGAAAUGCAGCGGCUUGAAUUUGAUGUAUCUCCAUUAAACAUGGACAUUGGUCAGGUUUAUAAGGAAACAUGUUUGAUUUUGGAUGGGGAAGAAGAAAAAGAAUGGGCCUUUGAGGAAAGCAAAAUAGAUGAGCACCAUUUUGUUGCAGUGGCUGUUAGGAAGCCUGAUGGAUCUAGACAUCAAAAUGUUUCAUAUCAAGAUGAUUCUCAGAGUGUAAUAGUUAAUGCAGAGACUUGAAACUGUUUGAAGUCAUGAGAAUAACUGUUGAAAGCUCGUGCCUAAAUAAGAUCUCUAUGUCACCACCUUCAAGUCCUAGGAAACAUUACAUAAAAAUGGGGUGAAAAGAUUGCAUGAGCUCAAAGUUGGAGAGAGAAAUACCAUGAAAUACAGUCUUCUUGAUGUUGCAUGGCCAUUGCAGCCAUGAACACAGUGUCUGUGGUUAUUUAAAUAAAUAUGUACUCCUGCACACAAGAUAUGAACAUAGAAUGGGACUUAUUUGGGAAGAAUGGAAUGAACAGGAGUAAGAAUAAUGGGAGAGGGUAAAUAUGGUCACUAUAUUCUAUAUUUGUAUGAAACCAUCAAAAGUAAAGUUACAAGUCAUUAUUGUAAGCACACAUCAUUAGAUUAUUUCCUAGAAAACAUAAUAUCUCCAUGAUUGCAUUUUAAAAGAACUAUCUGUUGGAAUAAAAGUAAAUUAUAUUGCUAAAAAUACUGCUGUGUUAUUGAUAUUUUAUCAAAAGUGUCUUAAAAACUCAUUCUGACUGUACUGUCUUUUCAAGGGUUAAUCAGAGGACUUUUUGAAUUGAAUAGGCAAGACAUAGUUACUGGUGGCAUAUAGGUCAACAACAUUAAAGGCAUUCAUCCAGCAUAACUUGGACAUUUACCAUGGAUGUAGCUUGAGAGAAUUUUCCCUGCCCUCUGGAAACAUUCCUCAAGUAUCAUUUCAAUAGAUAAAUAAUAUGGCCAAAUGCCGAUCAAAUUAUGUUAAAAACUUGAAUAUUUAUACAUGUUCUGUUUGAUCAUUUUUGUAUUAAAUAUCUCUAGCCACGAGUUAAAUUAUUUCUAAAAGUAAGGUUUAAGACAAAUAAAUGCUGGGAAGGGGUGCUGGCCAUUACACAUUGGUAAUCAGACAAUGUGAAUUAGUCUAUGGAAAUCAAAAUGACAUUCCUCAAAAAAAAAAAAAAAUCAUAUGUAUUAGCUAUACCACUUCUGUGAAUUUAAACAUGCUAUGGGUUUUUUAAUGUUUUUUUAAACUAUUCAUAGUAGACAAGUUAUGGAUUUGCCAUAUGUCCAUCAACUGAUAGAUGAGUACAAAAUGUGGUAUAUAUGUAUUCAGUAAAGUUUUAUUUAGCCAUAAACAAUGAAAUUGUCACUGCAAGAAAAGUAAUGAACCGGGUACACCUGGAAGGCAGGCUGGGGCUGAAAGAGACUAGACUGCAAGAGAAAUUAAUGGAGACCAAGACACUGUUCUGUUCAAGGCCCGCCAGUUUACUAAGAGAGUAUGCUUAUAAGGGGAAAGGCCCAUCCCCCUCUAGUCCAUUCUUGGUGUCUGUAGCCAGCCUGUAGGCGAUGUGCAGGAUAGGAUGUUCCUCUGGAAUAUCUCCUCGGACUCUCAGCAGGUAGCAGUGUCUUGGAGGAGCAGUGGCUGGUGGCAGAACAAUAGAGCCUUCUAGGCAGGAAGGCUCCACCCCAGGUGGUCUAAUUGUCAGUGGCAGUGGAGUCUGAACCAGCCUGUUUCAGGGUGGGGGAGUUUAUAUUGCCCAAUCACCUUAUGUACUCCCAGGCACACAAGAGUUACAUAACAUAGUCACUUGCAGAUUUUUCUAAUAGCUUUUUAGCUGGUGAGAGGAGGAGGCUUACCAUGCCAUUUCUAAUCUUAAGAGAAAAGCUCUGACUACUUCAUUGGACAAGACUGGAAACAGCUGCUGUUUCUUGUGGUUCCUGUGGAACCCACAUGUCAAUGUGUCACUGGCAUGCGGGUGUGCUGAUCUCGUCUGGACUGUAGGGCGCUCCUUGUGAAUCUGAUAAAGCCAUGGACUCUUGUUUUGUUUUGAUUUUUUUCAGAAAAAAAGUGUGUAUCUGUGUGCACUGAAACACCCAUGCAAAUCUUGUAUUGUUAAUAUAAGAAUUGAAUGAAUAAUAUAUAAAAAUAUAACAUGGUUCUAAUUCUUGUUUAUACUUCCUCUGAUUCUUUCUCCUGAAAUUCGUUCUCCAUUAUUUGAUCACAUAAUUUUUUGUAGCUUGCUUGGGACAGCAUACAAUGACAGGGACUGCCUGCAGUAGGCCAGGAUGGAGACAUCUUAGAAGCCUGCAGCAGCUCCUUGUAGAAAAGGAUGGCUU